AUGUCGACCAGCGAUAGUGAUUCUAGCAGUGAUUCUGAUGCGGUUGUCAUCUAUCGUGGGGAUGUUAGUGACUACAACCCAGAGCAAAUACUGCCCCUACCGCAAGAGAAUAUCCAGAAAAUUCGGGCCUGGUUGCAGCCCACCUCGUACGACAUUGCUGGUGGGGAGUACCGCAAGCACCUAGCGUCUCAUGUGGCUGGUACAGGAGCUUGGCUCAGUUCGAGUGCCGUAUAUCUCGAGUGGUUGAGGAGUGCUGAACAUGGGCUGCUCUGGAUCAAGGGAAUUCCAGGGUCUGGAAAGUCUGUCAUGGCAGCCAACCUGAUUGAUGAAAUCGCCAAGUCAAACCCGGGAUCUCCCGUCUUGUUCUUCUUCUUCCGCCAAAUCAUCGAAGCCAACCACGAGCCUAGAGCCCUCUUGCGAGACUGGAUGGACCAAGUAUUGAGCUAUAGUCCUCCUCUGCAAACGCAACUCAACACUUACGUGAAAGCCUGUCGCUCUAUUGAAAGUGUGUCAAUCGAAGACAUGUGGAAGGAUCUGAAAAUGGCCUUUGUAGGCUUGUCCGAAAAGGUCUUCUGUGUCGUUGAUGCACUCGACGAGAUGGAUCGAGACCACAACGCAUUUCUCCAAGCACUGGGCUCCCUUGGACAGUGGCGGCCUGAGAAAGUCAAAGUCUUGAUCACGAGCCGCCCUGUUCCAAGUGUGGAGGGACCACUAAGGCAAAUUCCUUGUCUUCACCUGCGGCUACAGGAAGCCCUGGUCGAUGUCGACAUUUCAACCUUCGUGCAGUUCGCUCUGUCGAAGUCUACCAUCCCGCAGUGCGACUGGCAAGUCAUUGCGGAUGCAGUACCUGGCCGGGCCAACGGCUUGUUCAUCUACGCCAAGUUGGCAAUGGACGCUUUUCUUGAACCGGGCGCCGAUAUCAACUCUGUACUCACGCAGCUCCCGACGGACUUGAAUGUUCUGUACACGGAGCUACUGAAGGAGCAUGCCCAAAGAUCCGGCGUAGCAGCAAACAUCCAGCACUUGAUUUUGCAAUCCGUCACCCAUGCUAGUCGUCCUCUGAGACUGCUGGAGCUAGCCGAGAUGAUCAGGGUCAUCAGUCCUGAUGGUUUUGAACGACAUCUGAAGGCAACAAAAGAUCUCAUCAGAGCCGCGUGUGGGCCACUCUUGGAGAUUUUGGCGGACGAGACUGUUUCGGUAAUUCAUCAUUCCUUCACCGAGUACCUCAAAGGCACCACACGGUCCGAUGACGACGUUGGAUAUCCUAUUUUGCAAAUGGGGUCGACACACGCCCAACUUGCACUCUUGUGUUUGCGCUACUUACAAGCUGGGUGCUUGGGUGCUGUCGGAAAUAAGGCCAACAUCAAGGAUAACGAUACUGACACGUAUUUCGACCAUGGCGACUACUAUUCACCUCGGGUGCUACUAACUGCGGUCCCGAAGAAAGAGGUCCGAUUAAGGCUGAAGUAUCCGUUUUUCGAGUAUGCAGCCGGCAACUGGCACCAUCAUAUUCGUAGGUCCGAAGCCGCUGGAUACGACCAAACCGAGGUCAACACAGAACUUCGUAAGUUCUUAGGAGACGCCGAUACCAUGAAUGCCUGGCUGGAGGUCAAAUGGCGAGGCCGAGGAUCAUCCAUCACCCAAGUCCAUAUCGCCGCCAAAGGGGGGCUCGUCUCAUACACCAAGGAGCUCCUCGAAACCAUGGAGGUGGAUGCCGACGACGGAUUUGGAAAAACACCACUCUGGUGGGCUGCUUCCGAGGGUCAUGCCGCGGCCAUCCGCGAAUUGGUUGCCGCCGACGCGAAUCCAGAUGCAGAUGACAAGGAUGGCCUCAAGCCUCUGCACAUGGCAGCGAAGAAUAAUCGCCCUGAAGCCGUGAAGGCCCUGUUGGAGGCGGGUGUAGACCCUUUAACAAGAAAGACGCAAGAAACCCCCCCGGAUGAAUGUGGAAAUGUCCAUACAACUAUUGGGAAUACACCGCUUAUGUAUGCAUGCCGCGGUGGCCAUGUGGAGGCAGUGGAAGCGUUCCUACCGUUCCUCAAAGACAUCGAUACCGUUCACAGAGCUCUGAUGUGGGCAGCUGAGAAGGGCAACUCAAAACUUGUGGCCAGGAUUCUUCAACAUCCUGGUGUGGAUGUCAACGCCACGGUUGAUGGUGACACUCCGCUAUACCAUGCCUGUGACACUGGCGAUGUCGCGACAGUCACAACCCUUCUGCAAGCUGGAGCAAACCCGAACAUUUUAUCUGUAGGAGCUGAGAAUCCAUUUCCUGAUAUAGACAUGGAUGAUGAGGACAUGGAAGCUCUCAUCCCUGGGUACGAAGCUAACCCUCAGCCUCAGCUGAAUUGCUUGCAUCGCCUAUGCGGUGUGGGACGUGGGCUACACGAUCAACGUUCCGCAGAGGCCUCCGACUUGCAAACAAUAUUCUCGCUACUAGUCCAAGCUGGAGUCGAUGUCAAUCAGCGCACUUCAUUAGGCCAGACUGCGUUGCAUUUUGCAGUUGAGUCACCCGUGUUGGUCAAGUUACUCCUUGAUGCUGGGGCGGAUGCGAAUGCUAUUGAUUGGAAUGGUUCUGCACCCCUUCACAAAGUGAAAUCCAUGGAUUCCAUGGUACUUCUUAUUGAGAAUGGACAUGCGAAUAUCGAUCUCGCACAGGCGAACGGGCUGACUCCCCUUAUUUGCCUGCUGCCUGAAGGUAGAUCGGAAACUAUUCUCAAGCUUUUGGAGUAUGGACCAGACUGCAACGUGCUCGAUGACAAAGGCAAUGGCGUGUUGCACAUUUCGCUUGAAAAGUCGCCAAAGCUGGAAAUCAUCAAGGCUCUACUCAAGGGAGGUGCCGAUCCGAAUCUGAAGAAUCGUGAAGGAGGCGUUCCUCAAUUUUCCCUGCGAAAUGGCUCGGAAUUUCCCACCGAAAUUAUAGACCUGCUUCUCGACGCGGGUGCUGAUAUCAACGCCGUGGACAAAGAUGGAGCGACCCUUUGGUUUCGCAUGUUGUCGACCUCCCAGUCCGUCCAUGGAAAGGUUUCUCACGGAGACCUCACCGACCUCAUGGAUCGAGGAGCUUCGACAUCUGUUCGUGACUUCAAAGGCCGGACGGGACUUCACCAAGCAGCCAAGUUUGACAACGUUGGAAUGUCAUUUCGGGACUUGUGGAAGCCCGAUAUGAUACGAUUUGAUUUCCUGGUUGGCCUCGGACUGGACACAAAGGCUGUUGAUUACCGUGGAAAUAGCCUCCUCCAUGAACUUGCCCUGCGAGAAUGCAAACAUCCAAAUUCUGGAAAGGAGCCAGUAUUGUUCUGGGAACGCCUGAUUGGCAUGGGCUUGGACCUGGAGCAGAGGAAUCACGCCGGGCGAACGCCUUUGCACAUCUUGUGCGCGACGCGCUCUCAACGCUUCAGGCAAGGAGCCAUGACAAUACUCGACUUUGUCAUUUCGCGAACCAAGAAUCUCGACAUCGCUGAUCACGAUGGCAUCACACCUUUGCACAUUGCUGUGACUGGCGGGGAACUGUGCACGAAGAAACUUCUCGAUGCCGGUGCCAAUCCCGAAAUAGUCACUUACGAGGGAUUGACUUCUCUCCACCUUGCGUCCCGUUGCAGAGAGAGUAAUGUGGUUGGCCUCCUCCUGGAUGCUCUGAGAAGUAAACAAAAGUCAUCCGUUGCUCGCAGCUCAUCUCGGCUUCGAGAAUCUGGUAUUGUGCCAUUGAGCGACGCAGCAUCAUCACCAGAGACAGUGAUCGGGGUGAACGCUAGAGCAUUCGGUAGAAUCGACCAUGUUACACCGCUUUUCUAUGCUUGCCAGUCGGGGAGACCGGAGACAGUUGCACUUUUACUCGAAGCCGGCGCUGAUGCUAGAUCCAUGACAAUAUUCUACGCACUCAUUGGGUUUGAGCAAGAGAACGAAUUGUGGAAGACUCCCUAUCGGCCACCAGGUGAUGAUGGGUGUGAAGAUACAGUUGCGCUCAAGCUGCAUGAUAUCUCUCGCCCCAUAACAUAUCCACCAACCACCAGGAAACCACAUGAGUUGAUGGCGGACGAGACAACCAGACUUGAAGAAAUCCUAGAUAUGCUCAUCAAGCAUGGAGCUGAUAUUUCCCCACUUGCAGGUGAUUGUUGGACAGAAAACUAUGAAUGGAUGAACGAUCCUGUUCAAACGGCUGCCAAAGACAACAGAGAUUACACCGUUGCGAAUCUGCGAGAUGCCUGGGAUAAGAACCACAGCGCGACAUCGAAAAAAAGGACCAACGGCAUGACGGUAGAGUUCUUUGAGCUCAUGGAUCAUGCGCGCAGGAAAGCCUCGGUCCAAACGCUCAGGGAUACCGAGUUCUUCAAGCCUGGAGAAAACAACCAAUGGUUAUUGUGGCGUUUCCUGACCCGGCGAGAGUACUAUCUCGUGGAAGAACUCUUCCAUCUUGACGUUGACUUUCUGUCCACAUCUGAUCCAAAAGAACCUUGCAACCUCGCUGUUCUCGUACUCCACGGAUUCGCUUCACUCGUCGAGAAGAUAGGUACCCUCGAAGCAGAGUCAAGGCUAGAGAAGGGAGACUGGCAUGCGUUUGGGGAUAAGACAAGGCCAGGUCUAUUUCUCGCACACAAGGGCACGACCAGAAGCAAGAAUUAUGUACCGUUCCUCCUCGAGGCUGUCAAACGAGAGUUGCCAAAUAUGGAUGUUGUCCGAUUACUGGUCGAAAGGUUCGGAGUACCCAUCCACGAGCCUAUCUCGGGCUAUUCUGCCCUUCAUUAUGUUGCCCAGGGUAAAUCUUGGUGGCACGCUCACCAAGCACUCCCGUACUUCCUCAAGGCCGGUGCUGAUGUGCACAUACGGGACGGCCUUGGGCGAACUCCACUCCAUCUAGCCCUCAAACCAGACAGAGACUUUACCGGCCUGUUUCAUGCAGCUGCAGCUGAAGCAGUCAUUGAGGCAGGGGCAGAUGUCAACGCGGUUGACAAGGAAGGGCGAAGCUGUCUUGCGCGUGCGCAAAACGACGUCGCCAUGAUAAGGCUUCUCAAAGCACAUGGAGCGACAGUGACGGCUGACGCGAUCUUCGCUGCACUUGAUGCAUGUAAUGUUGAGGCUCUCGAUGAACUCCUCUCUGGAGAGGUGGAUACAGACAUGCGUCGGGAUAGGCUGCCUGAGGAUCUGAGAAAGGGAAAGAGGAGCUGCGAUGAUGAUCUUUAUCCUCGAAUGACUUACUUGGAGUCUUAUGAAGAGUCCCCGCUCUAUCAUAUUGCAGAAAGGUUGCACUGGCCGACAAAACCAACGCAAUUCAAUCGGCGGAUAUUCAAGGCUGGGCUUCCGAUGGUUCAAAUACUGCUCGACCAUGGUGCGGAUCCAUUUGCAAAGUUCUUGAGGAAGGCCAAGAAGUACGACAGUGAAUACUGCAAGGCCGGCUCUCGAGCCCAAACACCUUCUAUCAAUGUGCCUCAGGGCUAUGAAGAGUGCACAGCCUUACAUGAGCUCUUGCUUAAGGAUAGGCUGGUGGUGGAUAACUUUCUCCACCUCCCAGGGCUAGAUGUCAACCAUCGGGAUGCUAAGGGUCGUACACUGCUUCACGUAUCUUGCCAGGGAAAGUCAGGACCGGACUAUCUCCUUGGAUCGCACGAGGAGACUGUGGAUCGAGGUGAACGUGUCACUGUUUUUCAUCGACUGAUAUCUCUGGGUGCUGAUCUUGAAGCCCGCGACAACUUUGGCCGAAAUGUCUUGCAUUGCAUGACUGGCGGCCGUAACUGCAUCCGGUUCAACCUAUUCGAAGAUGCAUUCAGGUAUACUCUCAGUAACGCACCAAUCUUGGUAAACCAGACAGAUGAUGAUGGAAUGACGCCACUCCAAUAUGCUGUCAGUCUCGCCACUAAGGAAGCGAGGACAAACAUACGGGAGAUAGAACUCCUCCUGUCAGCUGGAGCCGACCACCUCGCUGUUGACAGGAACGGCGACACACUUCUUCACUUACUCGCACGGAAGCUCAAGACCCCAGCGCUACGUGGUUUGUUCAAGGAUCUAGUGGGCCGGGGUGCAGAUGUGAAUGCCCACAACGCGCAGGGCGAAACACCACUGUUCGCAUUCUGCAAACGCGUCCGGACGGUCAAGGAGGACAGGUUGGAAUACUAUGACUGCAUGGGUAUACAGUUCACAGAGAAAGACGCCAAGGGAAUGCUGGAGGAGCUGGGCGCCGACUUCUUUGCCAGAGAUGCCAAGGGCCGAGGGCUGAUGCACAUUGCGGCGAAUGGAGAUGUAAGACGAUUCAAGGAGCUUAUGGAUACGGGCCUCGACGUUAUGCUGGAAGAUGAUGCGCAGCAGACGCCUAUCGAUUUUGCUGCUGCGUGUGGGAAUCUGGAGGUUUUGGAACUGUUUGAGAAGAAAGAGUAGCAAGAAUGUUUUAGGUGAGCAUGUCUUGUGAUAGUCAUAUGUUGGGUACCUUAUGUAAGUAUCUUUUUUAUCAUUCAACUCAAUUAAUUUUAUUGUACAGCCGUCUACUACCUGAUUGACGUGGGGGGAAGGGAUGGUUAUUUGUGAUACCUCGGAACAACCUACGCACUCCGGCCUUCUAUCGACAAACACUCGAUUAAUCCGACACCUCCAACUGCUGAGCCACUAUAAUUCACAAGCCACAGUAUCUAUUAGAUUCCAUUCGAAGCCACUCACAGCCACAGGGGCCCAUCCGACGGCGCCAGACCAUCAGACCCGCCAGCAAGUCUAAUAGGUAUAGCAUUCCAGGCUAGAAAGCAGCUUAUUAUGGACUUACUUUUUUAUGUAUCCACUAAACGCGGG